CAGGAAGUGGUGAUUUAGUAAACAUGAGUGUUGUGCUGCUCUCGUUGGUGAAGCAGCGACUCACUGCGGCUGCUGAAGACAUCUUUGUUCUGUUUGAAAGAACGAUAGCAGAGUACGAGGAGGAACUGUCUCGUUCAAAACAGGAGAACGAGAGACACCGGAAACUACUGGACGCUGUUUUACAGCCUCAGCUUCAGAUCCACAGAGCAGAUGUCCAGCAGCUGGUGGUGGUUAAAGAAGAGGUUCCCCCUGAGCAGCAGGAGUGGAGCUCCAGUCUGGACCAGGAGGACCCAGAGCCCCCCCCACACAUUAAAGAGGAACAGGAGGAACUCUGGAGCAGUCAGGAGGGAGAGCAGCUUCAAGGGCUGGAGGAGGCUGAUAUCACCAAGUCCACAUUCACUUCUGUCCCUGUGAAGAGUGAAGAUGAUGAAGAGAAACCUCAGUCCUCUCAGCUUCAUCAAAGACAAACUGAACACCUGGAAACAGAAGCUGAUGGAGAGGACUGUGGAGGACCAGAACCAGCCAGGAACUCAGAUCCAGAGAGACAUUUACAACCAGAGACUGAUGACAACCCUGGAGACUCUUCUGAACCUGACACUGAAGACAGUGGAGAUUGGAAGAAGACCAGAGAACCAGGUUCAAAGUCUCAGAGAAAUAAACAAGACCCUGUCAGUGAUUCAAGACGUAGUGCAGGAGAGAAACCAUUUGGCUGCUCUUUGUGUGAGAAAACAUUUACACAGAGAGGAAAUUUUAAUCGGCACAUGAGAAUCCACACAGGAGAGAAAACAUUUGGCUGCUCUUUGUGUGGGAAAGAAAUUCGCAGCAAGUCAAAUCUAAAAGUACACAUGAGAAUCCACACAGGAGAGAAACCAUUCAUCUGCACAAUUUGUAAGAAAUCUUUUGCAGAUAGAGGAGAUUUAAAGAAACACAUGAGAAUCCACACAGGAGAGAAACGAUACAGCUGCAGUAUUUGUGACAAAAGAUUCACCUGGAGUUGCCAGGUCAAAAGACAUAAGUGUGUUGGUCGUCAGUCCUCACAGCUUCAUCAAACUCAAACUGAGGAGAACAGAGAGGCAGAGCCUCCAGCCAGCAGCUCAGCUGAACACCUGGAAACAGAAGCUGAUGGAGAGGACUGUGGAGGACCAGAACCAGCCAGGAACUCAGAUCCAGAGAGACAUUUACAACCAGAGACUGAGGACAACCCUGGAGACUCUUCUGAACCUGACACUGAAGACAGGGCUGAUUGGAAGGAGACCAGAGAACCAGGUUCAAACUCUCAGAGAAAUAAACAAAACUCUGUCAGUGAUUCAAGACGUAGUGCAGGAGAAAAAACAUUCAACUGCUCUUUGUGUGAGAAAACAUUUACACGGAGAGGACAUUUAAAUCGGCACAUGAGAAUCCACACAAGAGAGAAAACAUUUGGUUGCUCAGUUAGUGAGAAAUCCUUUCCAAAUAGAGGACAUUUCCGUCAACACAUGAAAAUCCACACACGAGUGAAACCAUUUAGUUGCUCAGUCUGUGAGAAAUCCUUUCUUAAUAGAGGACAUUUAAAUCAGCACAUGAGAAUCCACACAAGAAAGAAACCAUUUAGUUGCUCAGUCUGUGAGAAAUCCUUUCCAAAUAGAGGAAAUUUAAAUCGGCACAUGAGAAUCCACACAGGAGUGAAACCAUUUAGUUGCUCAGUCUGUGAGAAAUCCUUUCUUAAUAGAGGACAUUUAGAGAGACACAUUAGAGUUCACACAAGAGAGAAACCAUUCAGCUGCUCAGUCUGUGAGAAAUCUUUUUCACAGAAUGCAGAUUUAAAGUGCCACAUGAGAAUACACACAGGAGAGAAACCAUUCAGCUGCAGUGUUUGUGACAAAAGAUUCACCUGGAGUUGCCAGGUCAAAAGCCAUAACUGUGUUGGUCGUCAGCCAAACCAAACCUGGAGACUCUUCAGAACCUGACACUGGAGACAGUGAUUAUUGUUAGGUUUAAACUCUUUGAGUUGGUCCCAGUAAGUGUGUAUAACGUGAUACCUGCUCUGAGUGUGAUAAAACAUCAUUGCUCUAAGUCAAGUCUGAAUGUGCAUUAAAACAAAUAAUAAGCACAGAAACAAGUCCAUUGUGCUCUAAUGACACAAAAGUAACCAUCACUGACAGAGAACCAGAGCCAGCCAAGAACAUGACUUUAGCUUCUCCUUACCCUGAAAUCAGUGGUGAUUGGAAAGAUCUGUUAGUCCGGUUAAACACUCUAAAGAAUCACAAAGUUCGUAUAAGUGAAAGAAGAUGCUAUAUAAUACUAGCAAGCUACCAGUUCAGUGAUCUGAGUGUGGGAAAAUAUUACGCCUGAAAGACAUUCUGAAGAGACGUGAGAAUUCACAUGGGAGAAGCCAUUUGGUUGCUCAGUUUGUGACCAAAAACAUAGACAUAAAAACCAAAGUGAAUCUCCCUUUGAACAAGAAAAAGCAACGGCUGAUUUCUUAUCGUUUAGUUGAUAUCACGAGCUAAUGUGAGUUCACAUUUCAUCCUGAUGCUUUUGAAGAAUCUUUGUUAAUAAAGUGAACUCUUUUUGAAAAGGAAGGACUCGCUGUGUUGAAACUUCUUCCUGCUGUGUCCCACAAUCUGUUCAGCUGGGAUCCGGCUCUGACCCGAAACACCAACACUAUCUUACAUUGCUGUUGGCGGCCCGCACUGUAGC